UGGUGCUUGUUUGGUAUAUCAACCUUUCUCUCUCCUACUUCCUUCUUCUGUCUUCUUCUUCUUCUUCCUAAAAUCAAAAAUGGAGAAUUUCAUAUUCUGGUCUUCAUCCCGCGUUCUCUCGGUUUUCUUGUGCGCUUCAUCUUCUUCUUCGUCAACGACCAUGAACUCAGUCUCCCUAAAUCUAUCAUAAAAAUAAGCUUGUAGCAGGACUUUUUUUUUUUAUCUUUUUUUUAUCUUUCUUGUGCAUAAUCUCCGUUUUAGCUUCCGAAAUUUUGAAGCUGAAUUCUGCUUGAGCUGCUGGAGUGGUUGGAUACUGUAUGAUAGGUUGUGGAUAGUUAGUUCAUCCUGCUCAAUUUGUUUAUCAUCAGAUGAAUAGAUGAUGACAUAACCCUUUCCAAAUGGGAUCUGAUAUUGCUGAAGAUAAAUUGGUAAUGCUUCCAAGUCCCAAUGACAUAAAGGUUCAUCGUGUGAUGUUGACCGAAUUACUAAGACAGCUGGUCAAGAUCACAAUCGUAUUUCCAAGAAUCGAAGCAUCACGACCUGGAUGCUCUGGAAUACAAGCUGUUACCACUUUAAGCAAAGGAAUUGAUAAAGCAAAGUUAUUAAUUCAAUAUUGUGCAGAAUCCAGUAAACUCUACUUGGCAUUAACGGGAGAUGCAAUACUACAAAGAUGUAAAAGAUCUAGAAACUUACUGGAACAGAGUUUGUACCAGAUUCAAAAUCUGGUUCCUGUAAUAUUAGCUGCUGAGAUAUCUGGCAUAAUAUCUGAUCUCAGGCGUAUUACUUUCAGCUUGGAUUCAUCUGAAGAAGAGGCUGGGAAUAUAUUGCGAGCCUUCCUCCAACAAUGCACGUCUAGAGAAAAUUCAAAUGAAAACUCUGCAAUUGAGACUAUACGGCUUGUUUCGCUGAAGCUGCGGAUUACAUCACAAAAGGAUGUAGUGACUGAGAGGAGAUCCAUAAAAAGGCUUUUCGAUAAACUCCGUGAUGAUGACAAGACGGGAAAAAAACAGAUCUUAGUCUAUCUUCUGAAUCUGCUAAAAAAUUAUGGUCAAUUAAUCAUCAGGGAGCCAGAUAAUGGCAUUUUGCCUUCUGAAGAACUGUUUUCCUACACAAACUCACAUAAUUACUCUACUGAAGACGAUAUGUUGAGUAGGACAGCCCCAUCUGAAGAAUUUAAAUGCCCGAUGUCUUUAAGAAUGAUGUACGACCCUGUUGUCAUUGCCUCAGGUGUGACGUUUGAGAGGUUUUGGAUACAGAGGUGGUUCGACGAAGGAAAUGGAACGUGUCCGAAAACGAAAAUGAAACUUGACCACUUCUCUUUGACCCCAAAUGUUACCAUGAAGGAUCAUAUAUCAAGCUGGUGUAUGGCAAAUGGGGUAACUGUUCCCGACCCUAGUGUGCAAUCCUCGGGAAAUUACUUGUCAGAUGCAUCUUUCACUUCGGUUGCCAGUUUGACCACUUCUUUGAAUGAUCUAUACCUCCCUGUUGAUACGAGCAACGUUUCUUUUGGAUCAUCAGAUGGAACAGAUGGAUGGGGAUUGAGAUCGACACCACAAAGGAAUUUAGAACCUCAAAGAUCUCAAUCAUCAAGUAAUCAGGAAAUGGACGAAGAGCUCUUAGCUAAUUUGGAUGCAUUACCCUGGGAUUUUCAGUGCCAGGUUGUUGAUGAUCUCAAGAUCCAACUAAAACGGGAUUUUAGACCUAAUCGUUCGUUGUCUUCAGAGAAUUUUGUUUAUCAACUUCUCGAGUUUCUGAAACAUGCGAAUGACUUGCAUGAUUGGAGAGCCCUGAGGAAUGGAGCUCAGCUGUUCUCGUCUUUUCUAAAAACAUGCAGGAACAGUUCUCCAUACUUCCAUGAAGAUGCGUACGAGCUUUUAGCGUCGCUUCUGAGCUCAGAUGUGAUCGAAGAAGGCCUGUCAAUAAUGGAGGUGUUAUCUCAACACGAAUAUCAUAUAAACAAGAUAGUUUCAUCGGGGUCAGUUGCAUCCGUACUUGGUCCGAUCCUUAAGAUACUCGGAACAGAUAUAAGCCAAUUUCAAGAUCAAGCUAUCGGGAUACUGUACAAUUUCUCCUUGUACAGCGAGGUCUGUUCUCGAAUUGUCCCAUCGGAAGUCGUCUCCAAAUUGGUUCCUUUCUUCGAAGACACCACAAUGGCAAGAUACUGUACGGGCAUCCUGAAAAACCUGUCGUACCGGGAAGAUGCGUUGAGUUGUAUCGUAGAAACUAACGGAUGCAUCGGCUUCAUGGCGAGGGUGCUGGACUACGGGGAUAGAGAGGUGCAGGAAAAUGCGGUAUCGGUUCUCCUUACUCUGUGUUCUCAUAGAUUGGAAUGCAGUCACUUGGUGAUGGACGAAGGGGUGAUUCCGGCAUUGGUGAAUAUUUCGGUAAAUGGGAACGAGAAAGGGAAGGUAAAGGCGCUGGAGUUGCUGCGAGUAUUGAGAGAUAUUGGAACAUCGGCCUCUAGUGAAAACCAGAGUCAGGUAGUGGUGCCAAAGCAAAAUCCAAAUCCUAUUCCCCCAAAAGACAAUGAAAGCAGCUAUAAUAAUAAAGAGAAGAAAUCUUCUGCUAGUAGAAGUAAAAUUUUCGGUAUAAGAUUGCCAAUAUUUUCAAAACCAAAGAAGAAAUAGCUAGGCUGCUUAGUUUUAGCUUGUCUGGUGUUGUGUUUUGAUAUGAAUUAUUUGUUUGUUUGUAGAAUUUAUUAUAACAAAAAUUGUAGAUUAUUAUAUUAAUGUAAAUGGUUUGUUUUGUUGGA